AUUAAUGAUUGAUUUCUGCUCGAUACCGCUCACUUUUAGGCAUCAUCGCGAAGCGGACGGGUUGUCGGAGGAGAUGCUAUCCAGAGUUUCCGUUCUACAUCUAGAGUUGCUGAACAAUGGUGGUGCGGGUGGAACGGGCGGCAAACCAACGGCCGGUCAGCUGUUGGCCGUUGCCGCCGGUAUCGGUGCAGCGACGGCACUCGGGUACGGUGUGUACCGGUUGCUAAAGUACCGGGCGGAACAGCGACCUCCCACCGAAUGGCACCGGGUCGGUGAAGUGUCCGAUCUGUGGAUUUACCCGAUUAAAUCGUGCGGUGCAGUCCGGAUGCGCCAAUUCCAGUGUUCCCCGAUCGGACCCCAGCUUGGACUGUUGCGGGAUCGUAUCUUUAUGGUGGUUAAAAGUGAGGACGGCAAGUUUAUUACCGGCCGGUCCCAUCCAACGCUAGUGCUGGUACAGCCCGCCUUCGAUGAGCAGUACGAACGGAUGACCCUAUCCGCACCGGGCAUGAUGGACAUAGUGGUGAACGUGAAGCAACUGCUCGAAACCGUACCGGGCAAAUUUUCCGUCUGGGAUCAACCGGUCGCGGCGGUUGACUGCGGCGAGGAGGUAGCCCGCUGGUUGUCACGCUUUAUACUAAGCGAAGACUUUGGCCUCCGACUCGUCUACUAUCCACUGGAGUGUCCGACACGCCCGGUGCGGGAAAAGAAUCGCAUUCACGCCCUGCUGACGGCACGUGACUCGGGUGCGCUGCACGAUGCAACGAGCUAUAUGCUCGUGUCGGAAGCAUCGGUAGCGGAUGUGAACUCAAGGUUAGAGAAACCGGUACCGGCGCUACAGUACCGGGCGAACAUACUGGUCAAGGGACCGGGUGCCUUCGAGGAGGACAACUGGAAGUGGAUCCGGAUCGGGGAAACGGUGUACCGGAACGUGAAACCUUGCACCAGAUGCCUCUUUACGAACGUUGAUCCCGAAACCGGUGUCAGCAAUCCGGCCCAGGAACCGCUGAACACGCUCCGGAAGUAUCGGCUAAAGCCCGGCCUUGGCAGCUCACCGGUCGUCGGUAUGCAGAUGGGCAUCCGGACGCUCGGUUCGAUCGGACUCGGUGACACCGUGUACGUCGGCUGAUUGACGC